AUGAAGCGUAAUACACGUGUUCCCACUCCGAGAUGUGGUGCAAGACUGCCACGCAAGGUGGUGUUGACAUCUCUGGCGAUGGAGUUGCUAGAGAGUUCUGCUAGGAUCGAGCCUGUUGCUCAGGAACAGAUUCCUCAUGGUACCACGAGUGCGUCGGGCUCACAGAUGCUGAUGGUUCCUUCUUCAGAGGUACCUACCUCGGUCGUACCAUUCGGACCCACCCUUCCAGCGUCCACUGUACCACCAGCAGUACCACUUGCGGUAUAUCUGGCACCUCCUCCAACCGUGCCUACUGCGUUCCCGGCACCACUACCACCUGCGUCUGCUACUACGUACUCAGCACCCGCACCAGUAGUACCGGUAGCUCCAGCCUAUACCUUGCAUGCAGUGCCACUAGUGGUACUUGCCCCGGCCUAUCCAGCGGUAACCCUCGUAAUACCAGCUCUCGUGGUUCCGUCAGUUCCCGCGAUGAGCUCUGCUCACCCUAUAGAUAUUAUUGCGGCACGAACUUGGAUUCCAACAUUAGCAGAGUCGGUGAAAAAUUGA